AUGUUGCUUUGUUUGCUGUAGAUACACUUCAUGCUGCUGUUCAGUCGGCAGGGGAAGUUAAGGCUUCAGAAGUGGUACACGACGCUGCCGGAUAAAGAGAAGAAAAAGAUCGUUCGAGAAAUCGUCCAGAUCGUUCUGUCUCGCAACCAAAAGACAAGUAGCUUUGUUGACUGGAAAGACCUCAAGCUUGUUUACAAAAGGUAUGCUAGUUUGUAUUUCUGCUGUGCAAUAGAAGACCAGGAUAAUGAACUGCUGACACUAGAGGUUGUCCAUCGAUACGUGGAACUUCUGGACAGAUACUUUGGAAAUGUCUGUGAGCUGGAUAUCAUCUUUAAUUUUGAAAAAGCUUAUUUUAUUCUGGAUGAGUUCAUCAUUGGUGGAGAAGUACAAGAAACUUCCAAGAGGUCUGCAGUGAAAGCCAUAGAAGACUCUGACAUGUUGCAGGAGACAGUGGAAGAGUACAUGAACAAGCCUGCCUUUUAA